AAGAGUCUGUUAUAAUGAUGUUGAACAAAUUUCAGCCAUUAGCAGAAUGUACAAUGUUCCAGACAUUAUCAUAUCUAAUAUCAGAUUUACCAGAAAAGCUAUUAGGUUGGCUAAAGAGCUUGGUGUGAUUCUUGCUAUGCCAAAUACACUUUUGGGCAAACUUAGAUUUUAUAUCUCAAAAAUGAUAGACAAAAUAGAUACAGAGAGUAAUGGAUGGGGUUAA